AUGGAAUCCAAAGGACAAUCUGCAAACUCCGGCGAUUGCGUGUUUAAGAAAAGGAAUGACAGCUCCUCCGCGGUCGAUCCUGAUUCCUCACAUAGUGUCAUCUUUGAUAUUGUUGUGGUUGCUUGGUUUGAGUGCACAGCAACCAUUGAUGAUGUGCUUCGUGGCUCAACGUGGUAUUACAUCUCUUAUGGUAGGUGUCAUUCAAAAGCAACGAAAGGGGCAAACUCUAUGAUGUGUACUAAUAAGAAGUGUAAGAAAUCUGAAGUCACAGGCGUUCCAGAGUACAUCGCCAAAGUAUUUGUCUAUGACAAGAGUGAGCAGGCUGCGUUUGUCAUACUUGGGGAUGAUGGACGUGAGCUAACUGGCAAACAUGCAAUAGAGUUGGUUGCAAAUUAUUUAGAGAGUAAUGAGUGUGUGGGAGCUGAUGGUGUUGUGCCGGUGCCACAAGCCCUAAUGGAAACAAUUGGUCAAACCCGCAGGUUUAUAGUGAAGGUGUCAGAGCAUAAUCUAACUGGAAAGAGUCAAUCCAUCACUGUAACUAAGGUGCUCCCAUCAGAACAACCAUAA